AUGUUACUUCCUGAACAUGCAUAUGGAAUCGACUUGCACCUUCAUUUAGACGGUGCUGUUAGACCAGAAACUCUCCUUAAAAUUUCACAACAUCGUAAAACACUACUUCCAAAAGCUCCCUACUCACUGAAACGUUUUCUGGAAUCUUUUGAAAUUAUUAUACCCUUGAUUUCAGGGGACAAGGUGAGAUUUAGUUUCACUUGACUUGUAUUAUGGCAAUAAGCAUUCUAAAUAAGCUUUAUCAAGAGAUAUUUUCGUAUAUACAUUAACUAAGCUGGAUGUUAUUUAUUUUUCGCUUCAGUUAAACGUGAAUUAAUGACUCAGAAACAGCCGUUUCUACCCAUCUAUUGUAACUGGAUAGCCAAAUUUGUCACGGUUGAAUAUUUGAAUGCUUAUAUAUCGAACUCAUAAUUGUGAGCAUGCUUGCUGCUGUAAAAAGAAUUUUAAUCGUACUUAGACUAAAGAAAUUUAUUUUCUAAAAUUAAAUCCAAUCUCCAUCUACCUCUUCUGUCAUUCCAUAUUUGUUUUGUCUUAUUUAUUUGAGAUGAGAGAGGACGGAAUAUAUAUGUCACGAACAUGCUCCUAAACUGAAUUUCAAGUAUUUCUUAUGGAAG